AUGCCAGAGGUUAUAAGGAGAUCAGGGAAUUAUAAAGAUAUAACUAAAAAUAAAUAUAAGAGUCGAUUAUAUGAUGUUUCUGAAGAGAAAUCUAUUGUACAAACUCCAAUGAAAUAUAGAGAAGAUGUUUCUUAUAAGUAUAAUCAACCUACAACAUCCUUAUUCUAUGAUAAUUAUGUUUCUCCUUCUUGUGAUUUUCUAGUAAUGUAUUUUCCAACGUGGGUUACUCCAAAUCUAAUUACAUUAUGUGGUCUGCUGCUUGUUGGAUCUGCAGGUAUUAUUGUAUAUACAUCCGAAAAUAUAACUUUUUCAUUUGUAAUUGCAUCUAUUAUGUGGAGUAUUUAUGGAAUUAUUGAUAAUCUUGAUGGUAAACAAGCAAGAAGACUUGGAAUAUUAAGUUGCAGUGGUGAAUUAAUUGACCAUGCUGUUGAUUCUAUUGUUUCUUCUAUAGUAGGAUUAAUUUUCCAAAAACUUACAAAUUGUUUUUUUCAAAAUACAAAUAUAUUUGUUAUAUCAUAUCAACUUCCUUUUUAUUUUGCUUGUUGGUAUCACUAUGUACAUGGCAAACUUAUUAUUGGAAACUCAAUAAAUACUAAGCCUAUAUUAACUGUAGAUGAACUGAACAUUGUAAUUGUUCCAUUCCUUAUAUUAUUACAAUAUAUAUGUCCUAAUAUUUGGGAUAUUCAAUUUCCUUUUAUUUACUUUAAUUUGAACUCAGGAAGGACUUUUUGUUAUAUUUGUACUAUUUUCUCCAUUAUUUCAUUAAGUAUAUGGUUAUAUAAUGAAUUACAUAGAGGUAAUAAAUUUAGUAAUUUACUUUUUAUACCAAUUAUUUUAUAUUUGCUUACUAAAUAUAUUUGGAAUAUCCCAAUUUCAACAUUAGUUUUACCUUUUUCAUCAUUAUGUGUACUAUUCAUUUUCUUAAAAUUAUCAAAGUUUAUUGAAAGACAACCAUUACUCUCUCUUAUAUUAUUGUCUUUAUCUCCGGUAAUUCUUGUUAUCAGUACAAGCUACUUAAUUUCUAUGACAAGUUCUCUAUAUAUUACAAUUUCUAUACAACUAUUUAUAUGGUUUCUGUUGUUGUAUUGCUAUAUGAACUAUCUUUAUUCUCUAGAGGAAACUUAG